AUGUCGAUCCCACAGAACCUAGCUGCAUGGCUCACCAAAGCUGGCUCUCCCCUACAGGUGGGAGAUGCUCCGCUGCCCACAGCAGGGCCAGGGGAACUCGUCAUCAAAAACGCAGCGAUUGCUAUCAACCCUCUCGACUGCCACAUGCAAGACUCCGGGGUCUUCGUGCAGCAAUGGCCCGCCAUCUUUGGAUGCGAUAUAGCCGGUGAGGUGUAUGAAGUGGGAAAGGAUGUUGAACGCUUCAAGAGAGGGAGUCGUGUAAUCGGACACGCUAUCAAUCUGACUAGUGGGCGCUCUCAGGAUGGUGCAUUUGCUCUGUACACGGUAAUUCCCGCAAACAAAGCGGCCAUACUCCCGGAUGAAAUAUCGUUCACGGAUGGCGUUGUAGUGCCAUUCGCAUUGGAGGCGGCCGUCUGCGUGCUUUCCCUCAAGGAGCCUGGUGUCGCCAUGCCUGGUGUAGCUACACCGGCACUAGGCCUUCCGUACCCCUCGCUGCAGGACGUGCCAUCCUCUGGCAAGACGCUUGUUGUAUAUGGUGGCUCGUCCUCAGUUGGCUCGAUGACGACGCAGCUUGCUACAGCGGCCGGAAUUUAUGUGAUCUCCAUCACCGGCGCACACAAUUUUGAAUUUAGCAAGAGGUGCGGUGCAGGCCAAGUGUUUGAUCGCAAUGAUACUUCACUUGUCGACAAGGUUGGCGAUGCGGUUCGAAAGAGUGGCGGCGAGUUCGUUGGCAUCUUUGAUGCUAUAUCUACCCCCGGGACUUAUGCUCAUGACAUUGCUAUUCUUGGUCAGCUGGAUGGAGGACACCUUGCUUGUGUGCAUCCUCCCCCUCCUGCCACCGAUCUUCCCGCAAAUGUCAAUGCCGGUAUGAUUUUUGCUGUCAACAAUAUUGCGACGCCUGUGUGGGAGGAGUAUGUUACGCCUGCGUUGCAGUCUGGAAAGCUCCAGUGCCUCCCACUUCCGCUUGUCGUCGGUAAGGGCUUAGAGCAUAUUCAAUCUGCGUUGGAAAAGUCCAAGGCGGGAGUCAGUGCCACGAAGCUGGUGGUGGAGUUGUAG